UGUUGCCUAACUCGCUGUCUGAGGAACCAUUCCACCCUGAGCUUUGCCAACUGCAAAAUUGACAAUUUAGAUAUUUUGUGAGAUGAUGAUCAAAACACUUGAUAAACUGUUUACAAAAUUAUUUAGAGCGUUUCUUAAGUUUUAUAAAAUAAUACUUAUUUGCGUUGGACUCACAUGGCUUGUAUUUGGAAUUGCUGUAACUCAUUAUUCAAAAGUUCGCUUCGGCAAGGGAUAUGCCAAUCAUCUUUCAAUAGCUAAGUACAGCAUUUGUCCAAACACAAUACCAUAUCCUUCGGUAAUAUCACCUAAUGGUAAGAAGUGGAUUGGGAAUGACCGAACAUAUUUUUUUUCCGCUUAUUAUGACUAUAGGGAGAAUGUAACAAUUGUAUUCGGUAUGCUUGAAGUUGGUACGCACGACCUAUACUGUUUAUCGUGGUAUAGCAACAACGCCACUGUCGAAGUAGAGAAAGUUUCCCUCUUGGUGAUUCCUGAUAGCCAUAGACCAAGAUAUUUCGAAGCAAUUGUCAAAUGCCCUCAUACUGGAAAAUCUCUUCCAACUGCAGUGUCAAUAAUAAAUAAUUCUUGUAAACCUAUUGUUACCUUUAACAUAAACUAUUAUAAAGUUGAGAAUAAGACAGAGAUUCAUUGGUGCUUAUCUCCAAUUCAUGCUGGAAGAUCAAUUCAAUUUUUAGAAGCGUUAGUUCUUCAUAAGUUAAUAGGUAUUACAAAGGCUACAAUUUAUUCGGAAAAUCAGGAAGUUUCGCAACAGCUCAAAAAAUUUGACUGGAUUACUAUUAUAGAAUGGGAAGUUCCGAUGAAGGAUAACGAAGUUCAGUAUCAUGGCCAAAGAUCUGCAUUGAACGAUUGUUUAUAUAGGAAUAUGUUUUCGGCCCGUUUUAUAGACUUUACUGAUUUAGAUGAAAUAAUUCUCCCUCGCCGCCUAAAUCAGACAAUAAACUAUUCUAAUUUACUAUGGAAAGAAUUAAAUGCUCUUCAACUUUCAAAUAGAAAUAGGGUGGCUGGAUUUUAUUUCAAAAGCAUUCUGUUUGCUACCGCAAGAAGAAUUAAAUCUUUCGCUUCUUUAACAGUCACAACAAAAUACGAUAGAUCCUCUGACAGUAGGAGAAAAUACAUUAUACUUCCUGAAAGAGUGAGCCAUUUGACAGUACACUGGGUUUUCGCAUAUUCAAAGUUUUGGGUUCUAUGUGUGGAUGAAAUUGCCACUCUUCACCAUUACAGGAAGUGUCCGAAUCCUAGAGUGAACUGCUGCGGAAGAGAUAACAGAAGAGACAGCAUGUCACCAGACAAAUUUGUUUUGAAGCUUGAAGAUAAUAUCAAACAAAUAAAUCGAACACUCUCCGCAAAUUUAUAAAUCAAAAUAUUUUUUUUUCCAAAAAGCGCCAUCUGUUGGAUUAAUAUGUCAAACAUAAAUGGAAGAUUAUUUACCCGGAAACAACUUUUGAAUUUUUUUGCCUCUUUCUUGUGGAGCUUUAUCUUUUUCAUACAAAUUAAUAUACUUUGGCUAUAAUACAGUUAUUUUCUAUUCUGAAUGUUAUCAAUAUGUCCAAUUUCCAUAUAUUCUAUAAUUCUAUAAUUGGAAUUUGCUUGAAAUUAUAUUUAGUAAUUAAAAACUACUAAUCUUUGUUAUAUAAUCUAGACUAUAAGUUGAACAUUAGUCGUUAUAUAGGACAAACAAAAAAGAUUUGUUUCAGUUGCUAGGCGUGUGAAAAAAAUCUGAUUGUGUCUCGUUUGAUGUAAAAAUAUGUGAAUAGUCUUAUCGGUUUUUCAUCCUGUUCGAGUUUACACUAUUUUGUUGUAAAAACAUGAAGUAGAAAUGAUGAUUUGUCUCCUUUCAUAUAGUAGUCGAACUCUUUAUUGUCAAUAGUCUGAUUGCUAUCGAGCUAUGCCAUUACGGAAGUUUAUUCAUUGAUUAUUCGUUCUGAUAUGGCAUCAUUAAUUUUAUUUUGAAAUAUUGUUACCUUUUUUCGGUUAAUUUAUUCUCUAGAAAGUACCUGAA